AACCAAGAAUGGAAGUUCAAGGAUGUUACACUGAUUAUGAAUGUUGACAAGCCACGUAGUAAUGCUGUAUUCAACAAAUCACGGAUAUUCUUUGCUUCAACUGAAGGCAGUUUCUCGAAAACAUCUCUUCAGUGUUAUCCAAAAGAUUUUCCAUUCAAAAAUGGUCCAUACAACGCAAAUGUAACUUUGCCACUUUGUGAAAAUACGGGGAGUUUUGUAAAAAUGCAGUUAUACUUCAGAAGGAAAUGGUUGCUAAUCACUGAGAUCAGUUUUAAUUCGGAGAGUUGGUCAGAUAACAAGCUGGGGUCACUCAACUGCUCAAAGACAUGCGCGUCAACAACUGCAACACCUGGUCCUGAAGAAAAUUCGACCAAUCAACUUGCAGUUUCCCUCGUGGUUACCAGUGUGGCUGUUAUCGUCGUUCUUCUCAUUAUUAUAUUUUACAAAAGACAGCGUUGGUGUGGCUUAGUCAUUGGAAUGAAAUCAGGACUAAAUACAUCGCAAAGCAAUCAGACACUAGACGACAUAGCAACACCACCGGAUGAGCAAUGUUAUACAAAUAAUAUUGGUCUUGAGCCAUAUGAAGAAAUUCAAAUCUCACAACCACUUCCUUACAUCGAACUUGACAAGAACAGAAAAGAAACAACAGAUGAUGCCAACUGCCAGAAACUAUCGAAGAAUGGUUCGGAUUAUGUAAUACCAAAUAACGGUCACCUUAGGUCGCCUGAUAUGGCAGCGACACAAGACGAACAAUGUUAUGCAAUACCAAAUAAUAUUGUUACUGGACCAUAUGAAAAAAUCGAAAUCUCAAACCCUCCUCCUUUUUACAUCGAACUUGACAAGAAAAGAAAAGAAACAACAGAUGAUGCCAACUGCGAGAAACUAUCAAAGGAUGCUUCUUCGGAUUACGUCAUUCCAAAUGAGGGUCACCCCAAGACACACGAAGAAGUUGCAAAGACAAACUCACUUCCUGGCUACACAAAAUUAGACAACACAAAACGUGACCAUCAAGUUAAUUCUUAUCAAAAAUUAAUUGAUUUUGGGAAGCAACGAAUAGAUAUGACUGCUCCAGGAACUUCAAAUCAAAUUUUAAAUUAAAUUACCUACUUCCAAUUGAUGGUCGCACUAAAAUAUGCAUUUUUGAAACUCUGGUUGUUUCGCACAAACAUAACAAAACGUGCAUGAUAAUAUAAAGAUAUUGCAAAAAUUUAUAAAGAAUAAUGAUAAAGGCGAGUACCUUCUUAAGGUUUAUAGUUUUCAUACCCAAA